AUGGUCUCUUUCUCCUGCGAAGGCUGCGGCGAUGUCCUGAAGAAGGGGAAGCUGGACCAGCACGCUGGGCGAUGCAGGAACGCUUACUACACUUGCAUCGACUGCAACACGACUUUCGAGGGCACCUCGUACCGCUCGCACACGUCCUGCAUCACCGAGGAGGAGAAGUACCAGAAGUCGGUGUACAAGCCUCCCAAGGGCAAGAAGGGCAAGCAGCAGCAGCAGCAGCAGCAGCAGAACGGACAGCAGGAGCAGAAGAAGGAGGAGCAGCAGCCUGUCGCUUCCACCUCGACUGCGGAGGCUGCGGCGCCGGCGGCUGAGGCGAACGGGGAUGUGAAGGCGGAGAAGAAGCGUGCGCGGGAAGAGGAGAAGCGUGAGGAGAAGGUUGUGGAGAAGCAGAGUGAGGAGAAGGGCGGCGCAAAGGCGGAGGACGAGCCGGCCAAGAAGAAGAAGAAAAAGUCGAAGAAGAGCAAGGAUGCGGCGGCAUCGACCGACGACGCGGCAACCGCAGCAGCAGCACCCGAACCCGCGACGAACGACACCUCCGCUCCCUCCCUCACCACCUUCCUCACCGACUUUGUCACCCCCCUCCUCAAGGCCGACGAGAACGUUUCUCUCGCAUCGCUGCGGCAAAAGGUUGUCGAGGCUGCGAAGGAGAAGGGCGUCAAGGAGAGUGAGAAGGACGUUGAGGCGAAGUUGUGGGAGGGCUUGAAGGUUGGCGGCAAGAAGGGCAAGGUCCGCGUCGAGUUUGCGUAG